CUGAGUUGUAGCAAUGCCCCAGCACACUGUGUGCCCACUCUCAGAGACAGAGAAUAAAGUGAGCGGACGUCACUUUGGCUAUUGAUUAUUACCCAGUAUGGAAGAUUUAGCUAAAAUCACAAGUAGAGGAGUACAUGGAAAGUCCAAAACAGAAGAAUCAGCUUCUCCUGCUGCUCACAGUGUUGACUCAUGCUGCGGACCCUGCCUGAAAAGCAUCAAACUCUGCGUACCUGUGGACUUCAAGAAUGAAAUAGUUCAGUUUUUAAAACUGGCUGGGCCCGUGGUUAUUUCACAGAUGAUGAGCUUCCUGAUCGGCUUCGUCAGCAUGGUGUUCUGCGGUCACCUGGGGAAAACAGAGCUGGCGGGGGUGGCGUUAGCGAUAGCGGUAAUAAAUGUCACAGGUAUUUCCAUUGGCUGUGGUUUGGCUUCAGCAUGUGAUACUCUCAUAUCUCAGACAUAUGGGAGUGGUAACCUAAAGCGUGUAGGAGUGAUAGUCCAAAGGGGAGUUUUGAUUUUGCUCUUGGCCUGUUUCCCCUGCUGGGCCGUCCUCAUUAACACUCAGCCCAUUCUGCUGGCUGUCAGGCAGAGCGCAGAGGUCGCCAGACUCUCACAGCUGUAUGUGAAGAUCUUUAUGCCUGCUCUGCCAGCUGCCUUCAUGUACCAGCUGCAGGGGAGGUAUCUUCAGAAUCAGGGCAUCAUGUGGCCUCAGGUGAUAUCUGGAGCCAUGGGGAACAUUUUAAACGUAAUAAUCAACUACAUCUUUCUCAGCCAUCUGGAUCUUGGGGUCACUGGAUCUGCAGCUGCCAAUGCCAUCUCACAGUAUUCCUUGGCUGUGUUCUUAUUUGUGCACAUCUGCUCCAGGGGACUGCACAAAGCUACAUGGAAUGGCUGGUCAGUAGACUGCCUGCAGGAAUGGGGUCCUUUCCUCAACCUGGCCAUCCCCAGCAUGCUGAUGCAUUGUCUGGAGUGGUGGCUGUAUGAGAUUGCAGGUUUCCUGGCAGGCAUCAUCAGUGAGGUUGAGUUGGGAGCUCAGUCUAUAGUUUAUCAACUGGCUGCUAUCGUUUACAUGUUUCCAAUGGGUGUCUCUGUUGCUGCCAGUGUUCGGGUUGGAAAUGCUCUUGGUGCUGGGAACACAGAGCAAGCCAAGCUGUCCAGCAAGGUCUCCCUCAUCAGUGCAUCUAUAGUUUCAUGUUUCAUUGGAGCGUGUCUUGUUGUGUUUAAGGAUGUGGUUGGUUACAUUUUCACCACAGAGAAAGACAUUAUUCAGAGGGUGGCCGAUGUCAUGAAGAUCUACGGUUUCAUCCAUGUUGCUGAGGCCUUUGCGGCUGUGACCGGAGGUAUUGUCAGGGGGGCAGGGAAGCAAAUGAUUGGUGCUGUGUGCAACUUGGUUGGUUUCUACUUCAUUGGGUUCCCCAUUGGAGUGUCUUUAAUGUUUCCUGUCAAAAUGGGCAUUGUAGGGCUGUGGUCGGGGUUUUUAAUUAGUGUGGUGAUACAGUCCACGUUUUUUAUAGUUUACCUGUGUAAACUAAACUGGACGAAGGUCACUGAAGAGGCGCUGGGGAGAGCAGGAGUCCACAUUACAGAGAGGAACAAGAUCUUUGCGAUAGAAAGAAAAGUCCUGGACUCUGGUGAGAAACAGGCCCAGAUGCAAUCCAGUUCUUUGAGUCCAGCGGAGGGGCCGCUGGAAGCGCAUGAUGCAGGUCAGCAGACUUCAGAUGACGUGGCUCUUUCAGUCAGGCAGCUGGUGGUACGACGUGGUCUCGCUGUGCUGCUCAUGUUCAUCAUCCUCUCUGCUGGAGUCCUCAUCAGCGAGCUACUCAUCAGACUGCUCAAGUUGGAUGAGUGACCGUUAUAAGACCUUGUGUGUGCAGCAAGAAACCAAGCUCUGUGAGUCUGCCUUUGACAGCACAGAUGCAUCUUCAUGUUUGGCAGUAAAGCAUGUCAUGUAGGAAAAACACGCAUAAAUAGACACAAUCAACGGCAAAAUGAUACGUACCACAGUGUCUUUGGGUGCUACAAAAUUAACUGAUUAUGAGAGAGAGAUUCAAGGCAGUUUACAUCUUGCCUCUUGAAGCAAUUUGUUGUAAUAAUAAUAAUAAGCUUUAUUUGUAUAGCACCUUUUAUACAAGAAUUGCAGCCCAAAGUGCUAGUGACACGUUUCCAUUCCAAACUCCCACUUUUGUAAAACCUCUGGCCAUUGAUUAUGCACUAAUGAUGGGGAAAUAGCUCCAUUACAAUGAUACAUGUUACACAAUUAAAAAUGUUCCGUAACUGCGUUAAAUAAAUUGGAUUAUUGCACCAUUUUGAAAACUUGAAAAGUUUCAUGAGUUGUUGAAUUGUUCAGAUCCAUUUUGAUUUAUUUCCCAUCAUUACUUCAUACCGAAGGGAUUGUCUCUAAAGUUAAAUCUGUUUAUUGUAAUAGUAAUUCUUGCUCUUAUCUUAUUAAUAGCUCAAACCCACUCACUUUUGCAGUUCUUUUAUUAGUCAUGUUUUGGAAAAUCUAAUAAGAACUUACAUGUUAGCCACUGAAAAGCUGAACUGAAAAAAUAUUGUAUAGGGAUGUAUCCUUUAUAUAGAAACAUGCUGUGUAAGAUGGUUUCCAAUCAAGACACUGACGAAAUAUAUGUUCUCAUUGUGAAAUAUAUAGUCUGAAUGGAUGCCAGAAUUAGAAAGAGCAUGAUUAAAUGCUAUAUUUAGAGUACAGCGCAUUCGUGGAUGUGUGCUUUCAUCAUCAAAGACAGGAAAGCUGCUCUUUUUCUUGGGUUUAUUUUGGUUCCCUUUGAUCUGUGUUGCCAUAUUUGAUGAUAAUAAAAGGUCUGUACGCUCACACUGCAACAUGCUGGCUGGAUGAAGACAUGUCAAACUGAACAAAUCAACCUGCCACCUGUUCACUCUGUGUAGGAGCAGAUAACUAGCAAUCUCAGGCUUCACAGUCAUAGCCUGCUCACAAAUAAAGAAUUCCCCCCAGUUAACAGCAAACAAUUAACCUUGUGCGAUUUUCAUAAAUACGUACAUGUAUGAUGUUUCUCUACAAAUCCAUUAAAAGCAAUGGUUUGACAUUUUGGGAAAUACGGUUAUUCGAGUUAAAUGAGAACAUCAAUACAACUAAUAUCUGUAGCUGAAAGAAUAAUUAUUUUGUCCUGUUGUAUUCAGGCCACAGUCAGGCCCUCCUAAAGGGAUUUGUUUUGUUUGUUGGUCAAGUCUAACCACUUCAUAUUUUGGCAGAUUCAUUUCAGAAGGUAAUAACUUCAAAAGAGCUUUCACCUUACGGGUAUCCAUAAAAGUCUCCACUCUGGCCUGUACGAAGCUACUACACUCACCAACUGACAUCAGAACUGCAACAGAUUGAUGUUUGCAACAGUCCCAUAAAAAACAUGCAUAUUAAUUUAUCGUUAUUCAACAUGUAAAUCAGGCCUGAUUCUUACAUGGUUACAUCCUCGUCUGAGCUUCAGUGUUGCUCAUCAGCGCAGACAAUGUCACAGGCUCCUCACAGAGACCCGCUCACCUCCAGAGACUGCAAUCAGUAACAUGCUGUGGCAUCAUUAACAAGUGACUGUUUAAAGAUCUGCUGUCAGUAUCUUCAGACUAGAACUUGUGAUACAGUGGCUUAGGGAAUCUCAUAUUAACUUAUUGGUCGUGUUGCCAUGCAGCACAAAAGCGUACCAGAAAGUCAGUUAAAUCAUGGCUGCAGUUAAUGCUAUUGCAUAUUAUUUUAGUAAAGCAGUCCAGAAAUACUUGUUACUGCUUUUACCUGAAUAAUCAUCAUUACAUAUGACUUGUGUUAUGUGACAAAAAUCCGUGUUUGCCUCUUCUCCCAGGUGGAAAUAAAAAUCAAGCACUUCGGCAUUUUGUUUGACCUCAAUAUAUGAUGUCAUACUCUGUACAUCAGUGAUUGGUCAGUGUCAUAUUGAAGGGCUGUCCAUAAACAACAGUGGCAUCAUUUUACUGUGUGAACUGUGAAAAAUGUAAAGGCCUGUUUCUGUCACAUUUAGUAGUUAAACCUUAGCGGAGUCUUUUGAGUUCCUAUAUGCACUAAAGCAAUAAGAACAUCAAUAUUAGCCCACCUUUCCCAACUCAUAGUACUACACCUUCCUUCACAAAUCAAAAUGCCAUUUCAAGUCUAAAAAAUAAGUGAAUUUAUAAUAUGAUCACUAUAUCACAAACUAGUUUUAAGUCUAUGGGUUUCAAAUUGAAGUAAAACUGGUCGCUUCAGUAGUCCCCUCACCA